AUGAAGUUCACCAUUCUCUCCAUGGUCACGCUGGCCGUCUCGGCCGCUGCCUCUCCUCUUGUCGCCCGUGCCGCUCCGACCAGCAUCGAUGAGGCCCUUGAGCAGGUCAACGGUCUCGUCAGCGGUGGAGAUCUUGUCACCCUCCUCGAGGGUGCCCUCAACAGCAUUCAGGGACAUACUGGCGCUAUCAACUCAACCCUUUCCCAGGUCAACAGCAACGCCAUCAGCCAGGAGGACGGCAGCAGCCAGCUGGCUGCCCCCAUUGACGGCCUCAAGUCCGACCUGACCAAGCUUGUCAGCGGCCUGAACGCCAACCCUACGAGUGGCAUCACUGCCUCUCAGGAUGAAGUCACCCAGGUUGUUUCCCUUGUCAAGGCUCUCCUCGUUGAGCUCGUCAACACCGCCAAGUCUAUCGCUUCCGCCCCGGGCCAGGCCGCCCCCCUGACUGCUCUGCUUGACUCCGUCUUCGCCCUCUUGGCUAGCAUCCUCAGCACCCUUGUCGGCCUUCUGGAUGUUGUCGCCUCUCCUCUCGUUGACCUCUUGACCUCCAUCGUUCCAAGUCUCAAGGAUGGCGACAUUCUUCCUCUCGUGUCCCCUGUCUUGGGACUUAUCACCUCUCUCUUCCGUGGUCACUAA